GACCUGCCCGGAGUGUCGGGAGCGCCGCGGGACUGUCGCAGGACGGAAGCUGCGGGACGGAGGGGAAGGAGCGAUGCGGGGAGUCGUGAGGCCGGGCCGGGCUGGCGGGUUCGAAAUGCCUCGGGACGGAGGUCCUGCCCCGACGGAUCCCUCCGUCGGCUUCGCGCCGGGGCCGUGACCUAGAGCGCCGCGAGCUAGGCGCGUGUCCGCCGCCGCUAGGUGUGCAGCAGAUCGUUUGACAGCUUGAGUUGUUGAAGGUGAGGGAGUGGUGCUAAGGAUCAAGUAUACUGGUUUAAAAAAAGAAAACAAAACACAAACAUGAGAAAGGCAGGUGCCACGUCUAUGUGGGCUUCGUGCUGUGGGCUGCUGAAUGAAGUCAUGGGAACCGGAGCCGUCAGGGGCCAGCAGUCGGGAUUUGCAGGAGGCGCUGGUCCGUUCAGAUUUACACCAAACUCUGAUUUUUCCACUUACCCACCGGCACCUACAGAAGGGCCUAAUGUAGUUUGCAAAGCCUGUGGACUUUCAUUUUCGGUCUUUAGAAAGAAGCAUGUAUGUUGUGACUGCAAGAAGGAUUUUUGCUCCGUUUGUUCAGUCUUACAAGAAAAUCUCCGUAGAUGUUCCACUUGUCACUUAUUACAAGAGACGGCCUUUCAGCGCCCUCAGUUAAUGCGACUGAAAGUGAAGGAUCUACGGCAGUAUCUCAUUCUUAGAAACAUACCAAUUGAUACCUGUCGGGAGAAAGAAGACUUGGUAGAUCUAGUACUGUGCCAUCAUGGGCUGGGCUCUGAGGACGACCUGGACACAAGCAGUCUGAACUCCUCAAGGUCCCAGACUUCUAGCUUUUUUACACAUUCGUUUUUUUCAAACUAUACAGCCCCCUCUGCUACCGUAUCUUCGUUUCAGGGAGAGCUUAUGGGUGGAGACCGGACCUUAGGAUCUGGAGCAUUGGCACAGGUACAAACUGAAGUAGCUUCAGCAAACACAGAAGAUGAUGACGACGAUGAUGAUGACGACGACGAUGAUGAGGACGACGACGACGAUGAUGAUGACGGAGGAAACUUGGAGGAGCGGACGCCCGGCCUCUCUAAGAAAAGAGUGAGAGCUUCGCUGUCUGACUUGUCAAGUCUUGACGAUGUGGAAGGGAUGAGUGUGCGCCAACUGAAGGAAAUCCUGGCUCGGAACUUUGUCAACUACUCUGGCUGCUGUGAAAAAUGGGAGCUGGUAGAGAAAGUAAACCGGUUAUACAAAGAGAAUGAAGAAAACCAAAAGUCAUAUGGCGAGCGGCUGCAGCUGCAGGACGAGGAAGAUGACAGCCUGUGCCGUAUCUGCAUGGAUGCCGUCAUUGACUGCGUCCUGCUCGAGUGUGGGCACAUGGUCACCUGCACCAAGUGUGGCAAACGCAUGAGCGAGUGCCCCAUCUGCCGGCAGUACGUGGUACGGGCUGUGCACGUGUUCAAGUCCUGAAGCCGAGGCUCUCCCCAACAGGACGCUUGCCCCCAGCUUGACUCCAGGCAUUUCAAUGCACAGAAGGGACUGGAAACUUAUUGUUCAAAGGCUGAAACUAUUUUUAAAAAUUAUUUUCACUACUAACUGGCGACAGAAAGAUUCAUCCUGAGUUGCAGCCACAUUGGUCCAUGCUACAUGCCUGUCAGCCUGUGGACAUGCUCAGUUUGCCAGGUUCUCCCGGGCUUCGUCACACAUCCAUGAUCACUAAUUACUGAAGUCAGACUGCUUACAACUGCUCUCUUUGGAGGAACGUUUAUCCUGUUCUCUUAUUUCUCCUUCAUCCUAUUUUUAACUUAAACUACUCAGAUGUUUGAAACUUCUGUUCUUUGGAUGAGAUCACUGCCUACAAGUGGCUGACGUGGUUCACACUGAGCAGUGGCCCCUCUGAAUGUUCACUUUAUUAGUCAUGUAUAUUUUAAAUGCUACUAUUUGAUGAAUGUAAGUUUCCACAUUGUUUCUAUUUCUGCAUUUAAACGUAAUUGGGAACAACUGACAUUCUAUAGUCAACUGCCAGGGCCUUAGACUAAACAUGUCCAUUUCUGUUCAGGUACAGCUUUUUAUAGCAAGGGCUGCAUCUAGCUUCUUUCAUUAGAAAAGUGUGUGUGUUAAAUUCUUUAUUAAUGUGUAAUCAGUUUACACUGUUUUGUAUAGUGAAAGUGUAUUUUCCCGCUAGCUAAUUUGAACUUUAGGAAUAAAAUUAGAUUUUAAAAAAUG